AGAAGAUUAACCUUUAAUUUAAUGUCAAAUUUUGGGGUUAUAUAAUUGUUAUUAAAAUGGAUUUUGGAGACUUAAAAGACGACGAAGCUAUAAAAAAGACUUUAACUAAUUUUGACAAUGGUGUAAACAAAAUUAAGGACAUGUUGGAACUGGCUUUUGAAAGUGAUGUUUAUGAUAAACUUAGUACAAAAGAAAAAGUUGACUAUGAUUUAUUUAUAACUUAUUCCUUAAACACAUUAUAUUGGUUGCUAUUAAGAGCAAGUGGAGACGAUCCAAAUUCCACCGACAUAAAAAAUCAACUAAAUAGGGUAAAGGAAUAUAUGGUUAAAGCCAAAGAGGCUCAUGAAAAUAGUAUGAAACCAAGAAUAGAUGUAGAUGCAGCUGAAAGAUUUAUUAAGCAUGGAGUUAAUUAUAAAGAGUCCAAAGAAUCUUCAGAGCAACCUCCAAAUAAGAAACUAAAAAAGCAAUAGUUGAAUUGAUAUUUUAUUAUUAUUUAUAUUUUUAGGAUUUUUGGUAUAUUUUUGUAAAAAAAAUGUCAUUAAAG